AUAACAAUUACUCAUUUUAGCUGAAAAUGACAGCUGGUGGAAACAAGAAGCGGGUAUGUUACUAUUACGACGGUGAUGUUGGUAACUACUACUACGGUCCUAAUCAUCCAAUGAAACCACACCGUAUCAGAAUGACCCACAACCUUCUCCUAAACUAUGGACUCUACAGAAAAAUGGAGAUUUACAGACCACAUAAGGCGUCCAUGGAGGAAAUGACGAAGUACCAUGCUGAUGAAUACAUCAAGUUCUUACGCAACAUUCGGCCUGAUAACAGUGGAGAAUACAGCAAACAAAUGCAGAAGUUCAAUGUCGGAGACGAUUGCCCAGUGUUUGAAGGAUUGUACGAGUUUUGUCAGCUAUCAGCCGGCGGUUCUGUAGCUGGAGCGAUGAAGUUGAACAAGCAGCACACCGAUAUAGCAGUUAAUUGGGCGGGCGGGCUGCACCACGCUAAAAAGUCAGAAGCGUCAGGGUUCUGCUACGUAAACGACAUAGUACUAUCCAUCCUGGAACUUCUCAAGUAUCACAAGAGAGUAUUGUACGUUGAUAUAGACAUUCACCACGGAGACGGAGUCGAAGAAGCUUUCUACACGACUGACAGAGUAAUGACAGUGUCGUUCCACAAAUACGGGGAAUACUUCCCGGGAACUGGGGAUAUCAGGGACAUUGGAGCUAGUCUUGGCAAACAUCACUCAGUUAACUUCCCACUACGGGAUGGCAUGGACGAUGAGUCGUACCAGAGUAUCUUCCAACCUGUAAUGGGCAAGGUUAUGGAGGUUUAUAGACCAGAAGCAGUUGUUCUGCAAUGUGGGGCUGACAGUUUAGCUGGUGACAGGCUCGGCUGCUUCAAUCUAACUCUUAAAGGGCAUGCUAAAUGUGUGGAGUAUAUGAAGAGGUUCAACCUACCUUUGCUGCUGUUGGGCGGGGGUGGUUACACUAUACGUAACGUAGCGAGGUGCUGGACUCUUGAGACCGCGUACGCUCUUGGCAUCGACAUCAGCAAUGAUCUACCGUACAACGAUUACUUUGAGUACUUUGGACCUGAUUUCAAGCUAAAUAUUCAGCCCAGCAACAUGACUAAUCAAAACACCCCGGAGUAUAUGGAUAAGAUGAAAGCUAAAGUAUUUGAGAAUCUGAAGUAUUUGGGAGGUCCUCCCAGCGUUCAGAUGCAAGAUAUUCCCACUGAUGCGAUGCCUGAGAGAGAAGUAGACGAGGACAAAAGGAACAAGGAUGUUCGAAUUUCAAUACGGGACCGUGAUAACCGGAUCACUUGUGACGAAGAAUUCAGCGACAGUGAGGAUGAAGGAAACGAUGCAGGGGCCAGAAAAGAUAAUCACAAUUACAAACACAGCACCAAACGUCCUAGGAUGAACCCGAUGAGUAUGACACAUAUGGUCGCCAAUGAAACUAAUGAGAAGGCAGUAACCCCCAACCAAGCUGGUGCAAGAUCACAAAGUCAGACCAAUCAAGGAACUAAAGAAUCAUGACCUUGAAGCAUGAAAGAGCUGGACGACAUUAAGUCAGACAACGUCAAGCUGAAGCAGAAGUCUGCCAACCUCAUCAAAAUGAACAGACAUUAACCUCAGCUUACUUUCGAUUUAUCAUAUUAUAAGUUUUAUUUGCUACACGCAGCGUCGUAAAGGUCUUCUCACGUAUUAUUUUCACUGAGUGUUUCAGGAUAGAUCUAAAUUUAUUGUCCAUCAGUCAAGAUCAUAACCAAAUUAUCAAGGUCGUAAAACUAACGCCCGAUUUCAAUAAUCUGCUUUUGACGAAACUUCAUACCGUUGAAUAGCUAAUUAAGAUUAUUUUAUGAUAAUAUGUUAGAUAAUAGAUAAUAUGUUCAUUUUGUUCUGAAGUCAUUGUUUUGACACGCAUGACUUCACGCCUGAUAACUGGACAGUGCCGCGUCGGUGAGAUGUGACUAUUAAAUUUGCUGUCUGUCUUAAUGUAUAACUUGACGUAUUGGUUGAUAUUAUAUACCGUCCCAGUGCGCCUUAUUAUAUCUAGUAUGUUACCAUUGCUAUUAAGGUUCAUGUCGCUCUGCCCUAGAACGUCGUGCUCUAGUGUUCUUUAUCUUUACUCUAAUUCUACUGGGGUAUGAGGGUCUGGGCACACCGUCCUGGGGCCGAACGACGAUUACCCUAUCUUGUGGCAGUUUCCAGACGAUUAUUUACCAUAUAUUACAAAAUUCGUGAUCUUUAUUUGCAUGUAGAAUUUGACGCCAGGGUUCGAAUUAACGCUUUAAUGGACUCUUUGUUGACUGUAAUAUACAGUGAUUCAAAAUUUUUGUACGGAUUAUUUUCUCCUUAGUUGAAGCUACAUUCAGUCUUACGUGUUGAAUGUCAUAUAUUUGAUAUUAUUCUAAUCAAUUCAUUUUAA